AUGAAAGCCAGCAGCCUCUUCACCUUCACGGUGCUCCUUGCCCUUAACAUCCUCACAUCCUGGACCGUGGAAAGUACUACCAUAGGAGAAGCUAAGAGUGGAGACUGCCCUGACACACCUCAGUACCAAUGCCUCGUGUACGAGCCCGGUGAAUGCCAGAGUGACUGGCAGUGUCUAGGGAAGAAGAAAUGCUGUUAUAUCUAUUGUAGCACCAAAUGCAUGGAUCCUGUAGACCCAGCAAAGCAAGUUAAGGUCAAUCCUGGGAGGUGCCCGGUGGUCAUUGGCGAGUGUAAGGAGCCCAACCCCACGGACACCUGUCUGAAUGACGGUGACUCCCUGGACAAUCUCAAGUGUUGCAAGGAGCCGUGUGGGUGGGUAUUCAUGUGUUGA